AUGGAAGCAUCUGAGGACCGUGACUCAAGCCCGCUCUCCGAGGUAGGCAGCGAGGCCGCACCGAAGGAAGACCAGGGCCCUGCCAGACGGCAAUCUGGGCGUGUUAGGCGGAAACCAGAGAUAUUCUCUUCACAAACAUUCAAUUCGAGCCGUCCAAAGCGGAAACGCCAGUCUGAGGGUCCCGAUAACGAAGACGACGCGUCGAACGAUGAAUCCGGCGAUGCGCAAGCGGAAGAUGAGGAUGACGAGGACGGACAGGACGAAGAAAGUGAAGAGAGUGAAGGAGAGCCUGAUGAUGAAGAACUAAGGGCACGCAGGCAGGUGAAGAAAAGGGCGUCGGCUGGCAAGAAACAGCAGAGCACGAAGUCAAAGGCAAAGCCGGCUACGAAGAAGCAAAAGAUCACGAAUGGGAUAUCGACAGAGCUCGCCUUACGUCCUAUCAUGAACGGCCAAAGGCCAAAGCCACCGAGUAAGAAGAAGAAGCCUCGGAUGAGACAAAGUGAACUCGGUGAUGAAGAGGGUCUAUACGCGGAGGUGUUUGGACGAGGUCACACUACUGAAGCCGUUGCGGCGGAAUGGCUUACGAAAUACGAAGAGCACAAUAUCAAUGCAAUGCGAGACUUGAUCAAUUUUAUCCUGAGAUGCUCCGGGACUGAUAUCAAAGUUGAAAGCACCGAUAUUGAGGACGUGGACAACGUUUCCAAUCGCCUCACCGACAUCCAGGAGGAGUACCAGGCGCAAGAUAUAACCGACUACCCACUUGUGUCAAAAGCAAAGAAUCUCAAGUCAUUCCAAUCUGUCUUGACUAGCUUUUUCGAUGACCUUAUUCGGACCAUCCACAGUGCCUCCAUCCUCUAUAGCGACCCAGCCCUAUUCGAAAAUAUCCAAGCAUGGGUGUCUUCUAGCGUGUCCAAUUCCCGGACUCAGCUCGAGACUGAGCGCAAAAAGAAAUCCGCGAACAAGGGAAGAAUUAGUGCGCUACAAACCAAGAUUAAGGAAGGACAGAAGAGACUAGAAACAAUCGAUGACAUGCUUCGAGAUUCUUUUGAUGCUGUCUUUGUCCACCGAUACAGAGAUGUUGACCCUAAAAUUAGACAAGAGUGUAUGAGCCUUUUGGGUCUCUGGAUCAGUCUGUACAAGGAUAUGUUUUUCGAUGGCCAAUAUCUUCGAUACCUUGGAUGGGUUCUCUCGGACACGGUAGCAGCCACCAGAUCGGUCGUUAUCCACCAGCUACACAAACUGUUCCAGAGCAAAGAUAAUAUCCCCGGCCUGCGAGGUUUCACCGAGCGUUUCCGGCCUAGAAUAGUGGAAAUGGCAAUGAGGGAUGCGGAACCCGGUGUUCGCGCUGCAACCGUGGAGCUACUAGACGUCAUCCGUGAUGCCGGCCUUUUGGAGCCUGACGACAUCGACAGCAUAGGUAGACUUGUAUUUGACAUUGAACCACGAGUGCGCAAAGCUGCCGGGAAAUUUUUUGUUGCGAACAUUGCCGAUGUCUACGAAUCUUCGAUUGAGAGUAUGGAGGAGGAGGUCAAUGAAUUCUUCGGUGAAGAAGAUGAGGAUAAUCUUGAUACCCCCAACCGAUCCUGGAUCAAGUUCAAGUGCCUUGUAGAUAUGUUACAAGUCUACGAUACACAAGAGACUGAGCUGCAUGAUGAAAACGACCCGUCCACUUCUCAAUACUCUCCGUUUGGCCGUUCGAUGGGAUCGAGAUUCGUCCUGGCCACUGAAUCGAUUUACCCUCACUUCAAGGAUUUCGAACACUGGGAAUCUUUGGCCGCAUACCUCCUUUAUGACCAUUCUCAGAUAUCAGAGCCUACAGAUGACAAUGACACAACGUCUGCGAUUAAAUGUCUAUACAAGCUAGGUGAGGGACAGGAAACAAUUCUACUGGAAGUCCUUGAGUGCGCUGUCAAACUGCACAUUCAAGUAGUAUCCAAAUCGGAUGUAGACAAGAAAGGAAGAAAGACAAAACAGUCGGUUCAGAUGAUGGAAGAACGACUCGAGUCCAUCGCACACAACUUGUCUCAGGUAAUACCCCGGCUCCUGAAUAAAUUUGGGGCCGUUCCAGAGGCUGCGUCUCCAGUUCUCCGGCUAGAACAUCUGGUCAAUCUCGAUCUCAUCCAGGAGAUACAAAAGGACGCUGCAGCCUACUCCGACCUUUUGAACAAUAUAAAUGAACAAUUCUUAACACAUUCUGACCAAGCGGUGCUAGCUGAGGCUACAGUCGCUUUCCUGCGAGCUCGAUCCUCAGAUGAGCUGAAGGAGGCCAUGGAAGGCAAGAUUCAGGAACUCUGGGAUGACACAGUUGAUUCUUUAAGCAAUAUAGUGGAAGGUAAAAAGGAGCCGGAAACCUUAAAGCUGCCAAAAGCUGCUCUUACUACGCUCUCUGGCACUGUAAUGCGCAUUUCGAACCUUGCUAGCAUAUCAGACUGCACCUCGACUCUAGAAACAGUACCCCAACCAACCUCGAAGAAACAAAAUAAACGCGCUGAAGCCCCAGUUGACUUGCUUCUCUCGCUGGCAAAACGAGGUCUACGUGAAGAGGACGAUGACGAAGAUGUGAACAAACUUGAGCGAGAUAUUGCUUUGAAUACAUUCAAAACAUUGUUGGUCUAUUUUAUGUGGAAGAUCCAAAACUUGACCGCUGCUGUCACCACUGGCAGCAACCAAAGUGUUCAUAAUGCUGAAUAUUUCGAGUCUCUAUCUCAGCGACGGGAAUCCUUUAUUGCAACACUUUCCGCUCUUAUGCAACCCCAUGGAUCCGGUAUAAAACAUAUCAAGCUCGCAGCUACGACGACAUUACUUGACCUACAGACCGCCUUUGGCACCCUUCGCCAUGCAGCGCCUCCUGGGAAGAACAUCGCCGCCAUGACCAAAGAUAAUCUGGCAUUCCAAGUUCAAGAACUUCCCCAGGAGAUCAGUCCAGAGACCCGCAAUAUCCUAUCUCGACUUCACGAUAACGCUGAGCAGACAUUUGCCAAAAAAUCAAAACGAAAGCUUGAAGUAGCAGCAGAUGCUGAGCCGGCGGAGAGCGAAAGCGAAAUGGACCUCAACUCCGACGAUGAGGAUGGUGAUGAGAGUGAUGCAGAUGAAAACGAAGAGGAAGUUAAGCGUUCCCUGCUGCUGGCUGAGCAAAGACUAUGCGAACUCACCGGUAAGAUCAUUCUCGCUAUCAUUGGUCGGGUGUUAGAUGUGUCUGGACCUCAGGCAGGAAAACUGCGGCGUCAGAAUUAUAAAGAGGUUAUAUCGUACCUAGAAGACAGUCAAAAGGAUGGCCCUGCAACCCGAAGACGAGUUGUGUCGAAGGGCAAAGAACCGGAGGGCCAGGAAGACGCCGGCGCAAACGGAAUUACCCCAAACACUCGCAAUGGGAAAGUCAAGUCUACCAAACUGGUAGAGGAUGAUGACGAAGAAGAGGAAGAGGGAGAAGAAGAAGAAGAAGCGAUGGUCGGAGACGAAGAUGAUGAGGAGAACCUACGGGCCCGGGGCUUGAUUGAAGAUGAAGAAGAGCAACCAGCUGCCAGUGACGGCGAAGAAGAACGAGAAGAAGUCUCCCCUCCUCCAGAUGAGGAUGAUAUAAUGGGAGAUUAA